AUAGACUUAGCAGACAUGAAGGCUGGCGUUACUCUAGAUCCGAAGAUUGAAGCAAAUGUUCACCUCAGCUGAAUUGGAUCGGUCGGAGUCCUCCGAGUCCCCAAUGUAGAGAGGAAAUUUUCAAAAAUGGAUGGAGUGUCUUCAGAGGCUAAUGAAGAAAAUGACAAUGUAGAGAGACCUGUUAGAAGACGGCAUUCCUCAAUUUUGAAACCCCCAAGAAGUCCACUUCAGGACCUCAGAGGUGGGAAUGAGACAGUUUGGGAGUCUUAUGCUUCAAGAACUAGAAAAAGCUCUCGUCGAGUCAGCUUUGCAGAUACUAUAAAGGUAUUCCAGACAGAGUCUCAGAUGAAAACUGUAAGAAAGUCAGAAAUUUCAGAGACAGAAGCAGGAGAAAAUGUAACUAUACAGAAUAAGAAUUCAGAUGAUAGUUAUUGUGAGAUAACUGGUAUGAACACUUUGCUUUGUGCUCCCAUUCAGACCCAGAUACAACAAAAGGAGUUUCCAAUUGUAGACCACAAUCAAGAAAAGAAACAUGCAAAUGACCAGACUGUCAUCUUUUCAGAUGAAAACCAGAUGGACCUGACAGCAAGUCACACUGUUAUGAUUACCAAAGGCCUUUCAGAUUAUACCAAAAGUGAAAGCUCCAAAAUAGAUACCACAUCCUUUCUGGCUAACUUAAAGUGGCAUACUGAGAAUUCAAGAAUUAAAAAAGAAUUAAAAUGUUCUAUAACUCAAAAUACUUCCUCAGAAAAGAUAAAUUCCAAUGACUUUAUAGAAAGAUUGAAAACAGGAAAAUACAGUACUUCUAAAGAGCCUGAUAAAGAAAAUUCUCAGAUACCUAUUUAUUCCAGAGAAUCAAAUAGUAUCUCUUCUACACAUCAAAUAUAUAUACCUCUUAAUGUAGAUGACAAUAGCACUAAUAGGACUAGAAUCUUUAAAGAACAAGAUGAUGAGAUGAAUUUCACCCAGUGUCAUACAACCAAUAUUCAGACUUUAGCCCUCCCCUCCAGUGAGGCCAACUUAGGAGAAUUUAAAAGUGAUACUACAAUUUAUGGCAAUGAGUUGAUGGAGUUGACAAUUAACCACACCACGCAGGUUUUACCCUCAGAAAAUAGUUUAUCUGAAACAGAAAAUCAAACUCAGAAUGUCAUGACAGAUGUUACAGUUGGUGAAGCUAAAACUCCAGAGAAAGCAAUCCUUAAGAAUAAACUAAAUGCUGCUUUUCAAGAGUCUUUUUCAAACCCUCAACAUAAAAUUCAAAUUGCCAAAACUCAUACUAUGGGGUCAGCAUCUCAAACAGUCACACAGACUCAAGAUGCCAGAACUUUAGGUAUAACCUCAGAAUCUAUGUCUUCUAAUCCAGCUAGUCAAAGUUAUAAAACAAUAUUUUAUUCUAGUUGUAAUGAUGCCAUGGAACUGACCAAAUGUCUAUCAAGUAUGAGAGAGGAGAAAAAUUUGCUAAAGCCUGUUGGUAAUUAUUCUAAAAUAUGUACCAAUCCAGAUGCCAGCCCUCUACUCAUAGAUAAAACUAUUUAUCCAGGAGAGGAUAGCAUGGACAUUACCAAGAGUCACACCAUUGCAAUAGAUAAUAAGAUUUUUAAACAAGAUCAAGAAAGUGGAAAAAAAGAAAUAUCAACCAUACUACUAUCUGAAAAACAUAGAGUGCUUCAAAGUCAUGUAACUAUGUCAGAAGAUGGGAAAAUGAAUGUAAAUUAUAUCUCAGUUCCUCAACCGUCAAAGGAAAGAUUACAACAGAGCCUGCCAAAUACUUUAUCUAUUUCGUUGAAUGAUAAAAAGACUGAACUGUUAGCAGGUGAAGAUAUGGAUUUGACUGAAACUCACACAAGUAACUUAAGAAAUCAAGCAACUUUUACAACUUUUGAUCCAGCAUCAAAGAAUGUCACUAAAUCUUACUCUCACAGCAAAAUCCCUUCAGAUGAAUGGGAUAAAAUGAUCAAAAGUCUUACUCAACCUUCCCAGCAACCAAACUUAAUAUCUAAAAACAUCCUAACUGACACCCAAGACAAAAAGAAACAUCAAAUUUUGAAGAUUUCAUCCUGCCUUGAUAAAGAUUCUCCUCUAUCAGCUGAUUAUAAUCAGAACAUAGCAAAAAACCAUAAUACCUCCUGCCAUGUUGCAGUUCUGGAUAAUCAAGCAGCACUAGUACAAGGCCAGCAUUUUAAACUUUCUGAGUCACAGAGGCAAAUAUUAGAUGAUCCCACCCCUGACUGUGCUCAUAAGAUGAUUUGUUCAGAGGAGGAACAAACUAUAGAUCUAACCAAAAGCCACACUGUUGUCAUUGGAUUUGGUCCUUCUGAAGUACAAGAAGAUAGUAAAAGUAAAACUAAUUUAGAACACAGAACCUGCCUACUCACAACAGUAAGCAGACAGAUAGCUGUAAAUGUUGAAGAAAGUGAUAAAAGUCCUAUAGAGAAAACUGGAAUAAUUAAUGAUAUGGCUGUGUUAGAGGACGGAAGUGUACGGAAGCCUGAAUUUCUGAAAGAAAAACAAAAUAUCAAAAUUUAUGAAAGAAAAAGUACUGAUGGGAUAAAAAUUGAUAAAGUUGUAUUUUCAGAGGGCGAGGAGAAUGAUAUGGAUAUCACCAAGAGUUACACAGUAGAAAUAAACCAUAGAUCUUUCUUAGGUAAACAUGAUUCCCAUUUAAUACCUUCGGCAGGAACUUCUAAAACCAUUUUGUAUGCAUGUGAACAGGAUGAAAUGGAAAUCACUAGAAGUAACACAACUGCCUUAGAUUGUAAAAUUAUCUCACCAGUUGAAAUAACUACUAGACCUCUGAACAAGACUGUGAUGUUUGUAGAUAAUCACGAUGAACUAGAGAUGACAAAGUCCCAUACUGUUUUCAUUGACUACCAGGCAGAGGAGAAAAGUAUACUUCGAGACCAACUUGACUUUGAAUUACCCAAAAAGAAAAGCCUACAAAAUCCAAAAGUAAUGUCUACUCCUGCAGAAAAUAGUGAAUGUAACCAUCCAGCAGCAAAAGGCAGCUCACUAACAGUACUGGAAGAAGAAUCUAAUAGUGGGCCUAGAGAAGAAACUAAUAUCACUGACAUAUCUAAAUUAACCACUUGGAAAAGUGUCAAAGAUGUACAAAAGCCUGGAUUUUUGAAUGAACCUCUGUCAGGCAAAAAUCAGAGAAGAAAAAGCCUUAGGCUCAAAAAUAACAGGACUGUUACAUUUCCAGAAGAUGAUAAAAAUGAUACAGAUACCAGUUCUAUGGUGGAAGUAAAUAAAAUUGCCCUGGAAGAUAGAGAGGACUGCAGUUUUAUGCCACUGGCAGAAACUUCUAAACCAAUUUUAUGUGCAUGUGGGCAGGAUGACCUGGAGCCUUCUAGAAGUCACACAACUGCUUCAGAAUAUAAUGCCCCACCAGAUGAAAUAACUACUAAAUCUAUGGAUAAAACUGUCAUGUUUGUAGAUAAUCUCAAUGAUCUGGAUGUCACCAAGUCCCAUACGGUUUUCAUCGAUUGUCAAGCCAUGGAGAAAAUACUUCAUGAAUAUACUCAAUUUGGAAUAGCAAGAAGCAAAAACUUGAGUAUUCCUAAAGGUGAUACCUGUAUUCAAGAAAUCACUAAAAAUCAAGCAGUAGCUGAACAAGAGCAUCAUAUGACAGCCUUUAUUCCUACUAAUACAUUGUCAAAUAAUCAGAGUAAAAUGGAAAUCAUCAAAUUCCAUAAAGCUGAUAAAGAUGAGGAGGACAUAGGGAAAGACAUGGACCAGGUCUAUACAUUGAAACAAGCUGAAAUUGAAAGCUGUCCCUUCAAUAGAGCAGAUGGAAGAAAUAUGGAUGUUCCAACUUGUCAUAAAGCUACUGUUUGUGGACCCAAUGAUAGUUAUUCCUAUUUACCAAAUGUUACUUCUUUUGAUAAUUUGGAGGAAAAUGUCACAUCCUCAUGUGAUAAAAAUAAGGAGAAAGCCAAUUGCCAAGUACCAAAUGAGCUUGUUUGUGGAGAUUUAUCAAGUGAAUAUUCUGUGAAAUCUGAAAGACUGCCUCUCAUUGCACCUUGUCCUUUGAAGGAAGAAGUUAUUCAAACUAACUGUGCUAUAACACUUGUUAAAAAUGCAGCUUUAAUUAAAGAACCUCAAAAUCAAACUUUGGUAUAUAGUCAAAAUCAAGGGGUGAUGUCUAAAUUUAACUCAAAGUGUGCAUCUUAUAAAUUCACGAAAGAUGAGAUGGAGGCCUUUGUUAAUGAUACUACUGUUGCUUCUCAGCCUCAUCUCUCAUCCCAACAACCUAAAAGGACAUUUACUCUAAAAGGACAGAGUACUGUCAACAAAGUUGGAGCAAUCCUGUCUAAAGCUGGAAAUAAGGCUUCACCUUUUCUUAUAGGAAAUUCUUCUCCACCCACAUGUGAAAAUGAAUCCGAAAGGCCCAGUAAUGAGAAACACUUUGCUGUAGUGUAUACAAAAGAAUUGAAUGAAAGUGUUCAAACAGCUAAAUGUAAUAUAGCUAUAGAUUGCCAUAGUAAUUCAGACCUGACUACACCAGUCAUUCAAACUCAUGCCAAUGCUAGAGAAGCAUCAGCAUCUAUAGUUCCAACUAAUGCUUCAUGUUUUAGUAGUAUCAAACCAACUGUGAGUAAUUUGAACAGAAAAACUGAACGGUAUUUAGAUUUUCAGUCUGUUAGUAUGCUAACUCCAGAAAAAUUACCUGAAUUAGGAAGUAAGCGACAUGAUAAUAUGAGUAUAGUACAAGUUGCAGAAAUACAUAACUUAGCUUCUAGUGAUGCUAAAGAUAACAGAGAUAAAGUAAAUAAUUCUCAUAAUGGAGCUGAAAUUACCUCUGUACCACUAAAGACAGCUAUUAAAGGUAAAAUGAAAAGAUGUUCUUUGGGAAUCUUUUUGCCCAGAUGGCCAAAGAAAAGAAAUUGUAGUGUCACUGGUGUUGAUGACCUGAAGCAGAUUCCAACAAAUAAAACUGACUUAACUCACUUAGAAACUCAGCCAGUCACUAGUAAAGAGUCAGUCAUUGGAUCUAUUACAGCUAAUCUGAACUUAAGUCCAUCUCAAUAUAUAAAUGAGGAAAAUCUCCCUAUAGAUCCUGGUGAGAUUAAUUCCUCAGACUCUGUUAGCAUAGAAAUUGAAGAAAAGUCUUCAGUUGACACAAACCACAAAGAGAUUUUGCCAUUUGAAAACAAAAUGGAAGAAACCUUCAAUACCCAAAAAAGAACCUGGGGACAAGAAGAUGAUGAUGUGCCAAAUGAGAAAAAAAUCAGAAAAUUUAAUACACAAGAUCAUGAGAUUUUUGAUCACCAUGCUGAAGGAGAUAUUGAUAAAAAUGUCAACAGUGUAUUGACAAAAAGCCUGAGCAGAACCCCAUCUAGUUGCAGCAGCUCUCUGGAUUCAAUCAAGGCUGAUGGGAUCUCUCUGGACUUCAGCACACACCGAAACAGCCAAAUGGAAUCUCAGUUUCUUGGUGACAGUAUUUGUGAAGAGAGCUUGAGAGAGAAACUCAAGGAUGGACGAAUUACAAUAAGGGAGUUCUUCAUACUUCUUCAAGUCCACAUCUUAAUACAGAAACCCCGACAGAGCAAUCUCCCAGCCAAAUUUACUAUAAAUACAUCACCUACUCCAGAAGACUUGAUGUUGAGACAAUAUGUUUAUAGACCCAUGAUACAGAUUUACAGAGAAGAUUAUGAGCUUCUUCGCCAAAAGAUUGAAGAAUUAAAGGUAUCUGCAUUGAACCAAGAUAAACUAUUGAUUGAUGUAAAUAAGAACCUGUGGGAAAAAAUGAAAAACUACUCUGAUGAAGAGCUGAAGAACUUUGGGAUUUACCUUAACAAAUUAAAAUCAUGUUAUACCAAGAUGACAAAAAUCUUCACUCACCAGGGUAAAGUGGCUCUGUAUAGCAAGUUGGUGCAUUCAGCUCAGAAUGAGAAGGAGAAACUUCAGAUUAAGAUAAAUGAGAUGGACAACAUACUUAAGAAGAUCAAUAACUGUCUCACUGAAGUGGAAAUAGAAACCAAGAAUUUGGAGAGUGAAGAGAAAGGCAAUCUUAUGGAAGAAUGGGAUUCUGAAAUGAGAGCUGCAGAGAAAGAACUGGAACAGCUGAAAACUGAAGAAGAGGAGCUUCAAAGAAAGCUAUUAGAAGUGGAAUUACAAAAAGAACAGACCCUUGCUCAGAUAAAAUUUAUACAAAAACAAACAAAUGUAACUAAAGAAUUACUGGACCGAUUGAGUUUGUCUGAGUGGGAUGUCAUUGAGUGGAGUGAUGAUCAAGCUAUAUUUACCUUUGUUUAUGACACAAUAGAACUUAUCAUCACCUUUGGAGAGCCAGUAGUUGGUCUUCCUUUCUUGGAUAAGGCUUACAAGAAGAUUGAUGAGCUCAAUUUUCAGUCUCUGUUAGAUGAGGAUAAAGCACCUCCUUCUUCCCGUUUAGUUCAUAAGCUUAUUUUUCAGUAUAUUGAGGAACAGGAAUCCUGGAAGAAGAAAUGUAAAACACAGCAUCAGGUACCCCAGAUGCUCCAAGAACUCUCACUGGUAGUGAACCAUUGCAAAUUGCUUGGAGAGGAGAUUGAAUUUUUAAAGAGAUGGGGACCAAAUUAUAAUCUAAUGGACAUAGAUGUGAAUAAUACAGAGUUGAGACUUUUAUUCUCCAGUUUUGCAGCAUUUGCAAAGUUUGAAAUAAUUUUGUCUCUCUCUGCCCAUUAUCCAUUGGUCCUGCUACCUUUCACCAUUCAAAAUCACCUUGGGGACAUUGGCCAUGAUCAAAUUGCUACCAUUAUAUCUAAAGUGCCUUUAGAGAACAACUACCUGAAGAAUGUAGUCAAGCACAUUUACCAAGAUCUACUUAAGGACUGCCAUUUCUACCAGAAGACCCAUGGACCACAGCUGUAACAACCAAGAAAGAAAUGUACUUACCUGGACAUAGUGGUGUACUCCUAUAAUUGCAGAACUCAGAACUCCGGAGACUGAGAAAAGAGGAUGACACGGUCAAUGACAGCUGGAGCUGCAUAAUGAGACCUUCUUACAAAAACAUAUUUAAUAUGUCAGGAUCUCCAUUACUGUUUAUCCUUUUGUCUUUACAUCAUAUGAGACCAGUAAAAUUCCUUCUGAUGUUAUAAUUUUUAUUAUUAGUUGUAAAAUACCUAGUUAAGAAUGAUGAAAGGUAUCAAAUAGCCUAUUGCCAACUUAUCUUUAUACUCAAGGUCAAGUGAUAGAACAAGCAGGAAAUCUGCCUUAACUAAAGUGGUGUUUGGGCUGGGGGUAUAGCUCAGUGGUAGAGCACUUACCUUGCAUACAUGAAAGCCUAGAUUUAAUACCACCAAAAAAAAGUUUUGAAUAAAUAAAGUAGUGUUCCUUGCUUUAGUACAAGGCUAAGAGGUAUGACCACUGACAAAGAUGAACCAUUUCUCCUAUUUAGGGCUUCUGCACAUUUGUGGCUUUUGCAUAGCAGGUACUUUUAGAGUAGAAACGUGUCUGUCAGCUUGUGGGCACAUUCCUAUAGUCCCAGCUGCUCAGAAGACCGAAAAUUUGAUCCCAUGAGUUCAAGACCAGUAUGGUCAACAUAGUAAGACCCAUCUCAAUAAAAACAAAAGAAUGUGUCUGUCUCUAAACUACUCAUCCUCCUUCAUUUCAGAAAUGCUGUUAAGAGCAAGCAGCAGCACUUCAGCUAUUGGAAUAGCCGCCAUCAUUUCUUAAGAGCUUUUUCUUUCUUUGCAGUAUCUGUUAGUGUUUUCUUAAUAAGUAUACUUUUUCUAGGAAAAGCUCAUUUUUGACCCAAUAUGUUAUAUAAAUAUUUUAAUGUUUUCAUAUUUGUGAUAUAAUAAAUAGUAUGCUUUUAGCCUAAGCCAUUUCCAUCUUUCUAAAGAAUGCUUUAUAGCAAGACUCUCAAUCUUCUUUUGUUAGUGACAUUUCAAAACACUGGCUUCUCGUAAUGAUAAAUUAGUGGUUGCUGAAGCUACAUUUUCCUCAUACAAAGAAACAAGUAUAGAAAUUAUUAAACGAACAGUAUGAUCUCUGAGGUUUACAAACGUAACAAAAAUUUUACCCAAACAUUACUCAAAUUCUAAUCAUGAUAAUUUUGGGGGUUUUUUUAUAUUUACUUCUAAACUAAAAUAUAUUUGCAUUUUUAAAUUCAUUUGUCUGAAAUUUUUGCACUUCACUUUAGGAUCAGGUUAAAGUCCUGUUAGUCCCUCAAAUGUCAUCUUCCCUUUUCAUUAGCUUUUCCUUCUGAGCUAGCUAUACAUCAAAAGAUCACAUCAUCUUUUGGGUUUCAAAAGUCAGCACAAAAAUUUUUGACAAAAAUCAAGACCUAGAUAUCCAUAAAAAAAAAAAAAUGAAGUCUUCAGUAUGUUCUGUUUCCCAAGAAACUUAAUUUAGCCUUCUCAGUGGAAUUAUUUUUUCCCAUAUGUCUAAAAAUUAGAGGCUUUUCUUUUAUACAUUUUAGUAACUCAAAAACCUGCUCCAAGAAUGAUUUGGCUUGUAAUGAUGAUGGGUUUGAAGUAUGUAAUUAUAAUGUUUGUAUGGCUAUUUAUGUUUUCCUUUGUUCACAGUUGUGACUAUUUUCAUAAAGUUUUUUCUAAGUU